UGAGAGGAAAAGAAGCAAAAGGUGAAGGUAAGAAGGCAAGCUGAGACAUUCUAAGUCUUGAAAUGUUCAAAGGUAUCAAAAGCAAACCUUUAUAUAUUGGUGCUUCUCACUGGUUGAAUAUCAUCAUCGGACAAUUGAACAACAAAUUUCUUUUGCUUCAUAACAUUUAUCCUAGUAAAAUGGAACGAAGAUCCACAUUCCGCUUCCGUCUUCCUUGGUCACAACCUGCACCUGCACCUGCUCCAUCUCCAGCUCCAACACCUGCAAGCAAACCAUCCACUCAGCCUACUACCAAAACAAGUCGCGCUCCCACAACUCGUACUGGCUCAAGAGCUGCUUCACAGCCCUCCAGCAGCAGUACGCCGUCCUCCAGUCCUACAACUGAAAACCCAACUCGCAAGCAGCCACCAAGCGCCACCUCAACCACAACAUCUGCAAAGCCUUCUUCACCAGCUCAACCUUCAGCUGGCACUCAAAGCCGUAAUGAUGCCCCUACCAGUACAAUCACCCCAACACCAACAUCUCCUACGCCUCUACCUCAGCCCUCAGCUGAAAUGAACGCACCUAGCCAGCCUUCCACCAGAAGCACAAGCCCUUUAACUGAAACUACCCCAGUUCCUCCUCAACCUUCAGCUGAAAGCAAAGCCCCUAUCCAGCUCUCCACCACAAGCACAAGCCCUUUAAUUGAAACUACCCCAAUUCCUCCUCAACCUUUAGCUGAAAGCAAAGCCCCUAACCAGCCAUCGACCUCAAACUCUACACCAGCAAAUGCUCCAGCUAGUUCAAAAUCUGAAACUCAAACCCCUACCACUACCAUAAGCACCACCCCAACAUCCACAAUAGCUCAGAGCGGACCAUCUAGUCCUCCAGGAGUUUCUCCCUCACCCUCUUCUCAAAUUCGGGCAUCCAGAACUGAGUCUCAACCAUUGAUACCAUCUCAAGAACAGCAAGGGAUCAGUUCUCAACCAGCAUCACCAUCUGAUGUGCCAACCACUCAUACCUUUGAUACCUUCGAUUUCUUGCCAAUCCACAAGGGAGCAGUUUUCAAUUCUCACGUGCCCUUGCUUCCAAUUCUUUUAGAUCCUCAAUCACGAGAAAUGAACCCGAUAUCCUCCCCAACACGCAAGGAUCCUCAAGUCCUCUCAACGGACCAAUUAACCUCAAAGGUACCUCCUCCUGCAAGCCAGAGUAUUUCUUCAAAUCUUCCAUCUGGUAUAACCUCUCAAAUGCAACAAAAGGAUCAGACAAUUGCUCAGCCAACAUCUCCACUGAAACAAUUAGACAGCUCAGAACCUUCUUCCAAAUCCACUGAAGCACUUACAUCAAUUUAUGGAAAAGAACCAAAGCUCACAGCAAUUCGGCCACAGUCAGAACAAAUGGAGCUUCCCAAGAAGGAGACCAUAUCUGACACUGAAGCAAAAGUUAGGUCACCUGAAAAAAUAAUGCAACCUUUAAAACUAUCAGAGGUGAAAUCCACUAGAGGCAUUACCGAAGAACCAUCCCAGAUAUCAGACUCUUCAGAAAUCAAUGGCAAACCUAUGAUGGUGACACAGUCAGAGACAAACAUCCAGGAAACUAGAGAAGUGAAGGAAGUUAUGCAAGAGAUGAGGGAUAAAAACUAUGGUGCAGGAGAAAAUAUUGGUGGUUUCCUGACAUCCAAAAAGCAGCCAGGCAUUGUUUUUCAAUCAAAGCAAGCAUAUACAGAGCAGCAAGCCAGUUCUAAUAACAAUCAGAUUCGGGUGAACCCUGUCUCUAAUGUCUCUAACAGAAAACAUACAAGAACAGUUUUAUCUCAGCCAAAGAACAAAACAAUUGCCAGUAGUUCCAGUAAGGAAACUGCGGUUUCCACUGAACAAGACAUACCCCUUAACAAAGAGGUAAAAGAUAACAUCUCGAAGCUUAUUCAUAGAAUGGCAGUUGGAGAGGGCAAGCAAAAUUUGGAAGACGGACCGGUGAGUGUGAUCACACUUGCAGGUGAUAAUAGAGGAGCAUCUAUGCAACUUGGUUCUGACUCAUCCAGAAAAGAAGGGGCAAUCCACAUUCGCAGAGGCUACAAACUGAAUCCAGAUGAAAGUGCCGAUGCAACCACAGAUGCAGAGGGAAAUUCAGUGGGAAGACGACCAAAAGAUGCAAGGAUCGUGGACGAUCAAGAAAUAGAGGCAUAUCUAAACUGCAACGUGCAGGGCAUGAACAACUCAAUUACAUUUGACAGUGCCAUUGAGGCAAAAAAUCCAGGUAUACAUAUGUUGUUCUAUUGUAUGCCUUCAGAACCUAUAAGAUCAAGUGAGAGAACAGGACCCUUUGAGGCACACAAGGCUGAAUUUAAUGUAACCCCUGCCCAGAAACUUACAUACGAGCCAAAGAUCAGAAGAAGAUGCCUCAAAGGCCUUUUCCUUGAACCAAGUGAUUCUGAUCCAGAUAACCCUGGUUGCCAUGUUGGCUGCAUGGAGAAGAGUAAUGAUAACGAGAUAGAGAUUCUUUGAAAACUACAGUUGUAAUACAUGUAAUUGUUAGAAGUUAAACAUCCUUGUGUAUAUGCUCAAUAACCCAUGUUUAAAGCAACUGCAAUUGAGAUGGCUGUGAUAUAUGAAACAUGAUAGUUAUGAAAUGUUGUUCUACUGCCUCGU